AUUCUAAAUUUUGAUCUUGAUUGAGACGGAUCAGUUUUCUAAAUUAUAAAAUUAAAAAAAAAGGUUUAAAAGAAAAUUAAAAAAAAAAUGUGUGAUCAAAGUUGCCCUCCCAUCCCAUGUCCAUUACCAUGCCCAGAAGCGUGUCCACCAUGUUUAGAUCCCUGCUUGCCUUGUUUCCCAUGCUUCCCUUGUCCAUCGCCAUGUUCGCCAUGUCCACCAAAGCGUUGUCCAAGUCGAGAACUUAGAGGAAGUAUACUGAUCACCAAAUGUGAAUGCGUCAAACGAAAUGGUCUACAGCUAGAUUGCCCACGUCGAGAAUGUAAGGGACGUCCAUUAUGCACAGUGAGGCCAAUUCCAAGAUGCUGCACAUCAAAGUGGAUGUGGAGAUACGAAAUGGUUACAAUGGGAAAACCUUCAUUUCCUUCCCCAAUGACAAGCAAAUGUUCACCUUCUCCUAAUUGUAAUCCUUGUGCCUUUGAUCCUUGUGCCUAAAAUUUGCUAAAACUGAAGAAGAAGUUCGAUAUUGUUUAAUUAAAUAAGUCACAUGUACGGUUUUGAUAUUCCACAAAUAAAUUCAUUUCAAAAAUUG